UUAAUUUUCUGUGGCCGACUCGCCGUCAACUCACCGCCAUCAAAACCGGCAUGCAGCCAUUAGAAGAGAUGCUUCCUCUUCCCCGAGACCUAUUCGACAUUAGGUAUUCAGUUCGGUUCUUGGGAGAGCCAGUCUGCUGCUGCUUGCGGUGACUGGCACCAGCGCGCAAGGCUUCCUAGAGACCAUCUACCUGCGCCGUUCCGAUGGGUUGCUUCGGGUGCUUCGCGCCGGAGGCGGACGAGGACCUUAGGCCCUCCAAGCACGACGAUUCGUCAGGGGCUGAUGCGAGGAGGAAGGUCGCGCCGGAUGUGGCCAGCGGCUACGCGCACAGCUUCACCUUCAAGGAUCUGCUUGUGGCAACUGGCUACUUCAACGAGGCCAAUUUCAUAGGAGAAGGUGGAUUCGGGAAGGUGUACAAGGGCAAGAUCAACGGACAGACGCCUCCCUAUGCAUUUUUUCUCUUUGGUGUGCAAAUGGUGGCAGUGAAGCAGCUCGCUCGAGACGCUCGAGACGGAGUUCUUGGUCGAGGUGCUCAUGCUGACGGUGCUCAACCAUCGCAACCUUGUCAGCUUGGUCGGGUUCUACGCGUGGACGAGAGGCUGUUGCCUGCUGGUCUAUGAGUACAUGCCGUUCGGAAGCCUGGAGAGCCAUCUGUUUGACAAUCCUAAGGUCUAAGGAUACAGCCGGGUGGCGUUAUGGAUUCACGGCCUUAUUUCUUUCUGUGAGAUCUUUAGAAUUCUUUCAGGGAAUGGAAUGCAUAUGGAGCUUUUCUUCCAUGUUAAAUGGCAGUGACUCUGUCAUAUCUUUCUACCAUCCACUAUUUGUGGACCCAUCUAUACACUAAACACACUUAAAUGUUUUCUAGACCGCGGAGCACGCACAAUUUACUAGUUAAGAUAUAGUUUAGUUUCACAACAAUGGCCGAUAUAGCAGAAGCCAAGUGUUAUGAUGAUUUGUUUUUUCAAUUCUAUGUUGUGUUAUUGGUUCAGCAUGCACAUAUAUUGACAUGAUUUAUGGCAUGGCAUCUGCCAUCUUUGUUAUAUUUAUGACAUCGUUCUUGAUUGAUGUGUGCGACAUGAAUGAUGGAUCUUUUUAA